UCAACAGGUUUGUUAUUAGGAAAGAAGAGUUAAUUCAGCCAAGUGACUUGGAUUUGGACCUUCUAUAUACAAGGAAGCCCUCGAUUUCUACUCUUCCUGCCUGGUUACCUUCUUGCUGAAACAAUGAAUUAUUCAAGCUACCUCUUAGCAUCCUUUCUUUGUGUCAUUCUGAGUUCUUCUGGCUGUCUUUCUCAAGUUAACCUAAGAGAAGACAUGCAAACUCUUCACAACUACUUUAAUGCAACUAAAUCUGACGUAUCAGAUGGUAGUUCUCUUUUUAUGGACAUGAUGAAGACUUGGAAAGAGGGAAACUGUGACAAGAAAAUCUUAAUGAGCCAUGUUGUCGCAGUUUAUUUCAAAAUCUUCGAAAUCUUCAAAAACAACUCCAUUGUCAAAAGAAGUAUGGAGCAUAUCAGAGAGGAUAUGAUCAUGAAAUUAUUUCCUAACAACACUGCCAGCUCUGUGGAUGACUUUGAGGCACUCAUCAAUACCCAGGUGAAUGACCUCAAAGUCCAAAGGAAAGCUAUGUUUGAACUAGUCUAUGUUUUCCGUAACCUCUCACCGAAACCUCAUCUAACAGGGAGAAGAAGAAGACAGAACAAAAGCCAAGGAAAAAUCACACAGUAGCCAUUUUACCUACAAUUCUCAAGUUUUUUGCUAUUUAUUAAUAUUUAAUAAUUUAGAUUAUUUAUAUAAAAUAUAUAUUUGGAUACACUGACCAAUUAUUUAUGAUAACAACUGUUAUAUAAUUAAAAAACAAAUGUCUAUUACUAUAUAUAUUUAAUUCUUAUUUAUGAUUUUUAUGGCUCAUCUAUUCUGUAUCAAGCUAUGACAACAUCCCCUUGCCACUUCCCGUAAAUGGGCUUUUCUUGUGCAGAUUCCUGAAUUUCACUACUGCCUGGAAGAUAUCAUUGUCCAAAUAGCAGGGAAGACCUAGAUAUAUUUGUUUAACUUGUGAAGUUAUAUAAAUGAAAAAAAUCUUCAGUCUUAAGUCUGCAUUCUGAGCCAAUAGUUUUCUUCUAUUUGAUUUCUAUGUCAUUUAAUAUUUGGAUGUGUUACCCUUUCAAAAAUGUGGUAUUUGAGUUUGCAUGUCCCAACUACAGUUAUGGAAUACUACUUAAAACUGGAAAUUCACCCAAAUGGGAAAUAAUCCAUUGGUUUAUAUGAUCAAUAGUCAGUAUGGUUAAAUAAAAGUAUGAU